CUGAGUUUGGAGGUGUUUCCAAUUUAUCAUCAUUAGAACCGUUAGUUCUGAGGCCGGUGUUACGCUCAGGUGUAGACAGCAGAACUUUCUACUAAAAUGAAUAAGCGGCUACUUCUAUGUGUUGUGUCUCUGCUUAAUGUCAUCCCUUUUCAUUUCCAACCUGUACUUCUGCCAAACUAUAAAAUUUCCCUGUAUUCGGACUCCCUAAGGCUUUCAACAGUGCUGUGGCUUCGCCCUGCUUAUUGUUUAUUUGAAGAAUGGCAAAGUGACGCUGUAGAUCUGUCUGUGGCUAUCAGGAAGACAUCAAGCAUCAUAGUGCAAGUACAGAUCCAAGGUGACAAUAGUACAUACAUUGUUCAAGGGGGAUAUGUGAUACCACAGUGCAGACCUAUUUUUAAUGAACUUCAAGCAACAGAACCAUUUGUGUAUCAGGUUGGCCCCAACAUUGAAUUGACUGAUGGUAAAGGUGUCCAAUUGGUUCUGCCAAAUCACAGUUACAAGGUCCGCUAUGUACUGUAUAAUGCUGCAAAUACACAGAUUGCUUUUACCAACUGGUCUCAGCCUUUUCAAACUCGAGACAUUCCCACAGCUCCUCAGGACAUGAAUGCCAGGCUGCAAGGUCGCUCUGGUGGAAUGGUGGUCAUUACGGUGCUGCUCAGUAUAUCCAUGUUCUGUCUGCUGGUCGGACUUGCUGUCGUCCUCGGGGUUAAACAGCCGUAGGCUGGAAGUUUGUGUGUGAUUGUAUUUAUUAACCAGUACUUGUCUCAGUCCCAUUUAUUAGUCUGUUCAGCAAUACAGGGCUGCAUCUGUAGGAUAGCUUGUGUUUGGGUCUCGCUCUUUUAUAUAAUAUGUAUUAUUGUUAUUCAAUAAAAGAGAGAACGUUU